AUGGAUUCCACCUCUUUCCCCGUGCUUCUACUGAUUUUGUUUUCCCGCUCCCGCAGCGCCCGCCACCUGCUCGACGAAAUUGACAAGAAGGCUGCCGGCACCCGCGAGGAUCCCUUCCGCGUCCUCUCCGAUGACCUGCUCGACCACAUCAUGUCCUUUCUACCGGGGGAUGAUGCCUUGCAGACCUGCGUGCUCGACACCCAGUGGCGCGACCUCUGGAGGCGCAAAACCAGCCUGCGCUUCAUCUUUGACGAAUGGUCAAGUUUCAGCCGCGAGCGUUUCAGUCAGUUGGUCAAGCUGAUAAUCCACCUCAAGGGGGACUCACCUCUGACCGACUGCCAGAUCACCCAGUUCGAUGAGGAUUAUUUCACAGAAGCCAAACUGUUGAUCGAGUACGUUCUAAAGUGUCGGGUUGAGGAUCUCUUAGUUUUCGCUGCUGGUGGAUAUUUGAAGGAUUUUUUACUGCUUGAUGCACGUCUCAUCUCCCGCCACUUGAGGACCAUAGAAUUUGGAAACCCUGACCUCGUGGAUUCCUCAAUAGAUUUCUCGGGCUGCCCAGUAUUAGAGAAGCUAACACUAGAAAGUGGCUAUGUUGACUUAUGUAAGAUAUGUUCUAAAUCACUAAAGCAUCUAAGGCUCACUGGGUGGUCUACCUUCUCUGAGGAAAUCCAUGUUUCUAUUGCUGCGCCGCGUCUUAUCUCACUGGAACUAGGUCGUUUUGACAACAUGAGUCCUUCCCUUGAAGAGAUGCCAUUACUGGAAAAAGCAUCUAUUUUGCUUGAGGAUGGGUGCUACAAUGUCUGUCAAAGUGACUGGGGAUGUACAUGUUAUGACAAGAAGUGUCUGCCUCUCAAUGGAUUAUCCAAUGCUGUUGAUUUGAAAUUGAUUGCUGAGCCUAAACUGAACUUUGUUGGGGCAACAGGAUCCAAACAAUCAUUCGUGUGCGCGUCCAGUUUGGCUGUCAACAUUAAAUGUAGAAAAGUUGACGAGGGUGUUAGCAAAAUUUGGAGGUCUUGA